GGCCCCUCCAAAAACCCCCCAGGCAAUCUCCCAUUAACACUCCACUCUCCCUAUAUCACCACCAACGGUGAACGAUCGCAGCCCUACGUAAUUCCCAUCGCCUUCCGCUCCGCUCCACCACGCCUGAAACAUUGUCCGAAUCCUGCUCCAGCUCCGUCUCGUCGCCGGAAAUAGCUGCCUGCGUGUUGCUCCAGCUCUCCCGCCGUCCUGGCUUCCUCCCUCCGCCCCCCGCACAUCCUCCACGAUGCCGAGUUUUAAGGUCAAGGCGGUGUACGACUACUCGUCGCCGCACGAGGAUGACUUGAGCUUCCCCGCGGGCCAGAUCAUAACCGUCACGGAGGAGGAAGAUGCGGACUGGUACGUGGGCGAGUACGUCGAUGACAGCGGAAACAAGAAGGAUGGUCUGUUCCCCAAAAACUUCGUCGAGAAGUACGAGCCGGCGCCUCCCCCCCGCCCCAACAGAGCUUCUCGUCACAAGCCAUUGGAGACGGCUCCCGCGUUUGUGGCACCCCCAACGCCUGAGAUUCAACAGCAAGAGGCUACUCCGGUUGAGCCUGAGGAGCUAGACACCCCCAAGCCGCAAACCACGCCCGCAGAGAAAACCGCACCCGCAGAGAUCCCCGCGCCCGCCAAAGCCCCGGUGUCCCCCACGUCUUCCCUCUCUGCAGCGAGUGCGAGAGCACAAGAACCUCUGCAGAAACAGCCCGCUGCCCCCAAGCCUGCUCCGCCCCCCCUAGCAGAGAAAAAAGCCCCUCCGCCCGUGGCCACCAAGUCAAGCUCCUUCCGCGACCGCAUUGCUGCUUUCAACGCGCCUGCAGCAGCUCCAAUAACGCCCUUCAAACCAGGUGGCGGGCCACCAAGCACUUUCAUCAAGAAACCCUUCGUCGCGCCUCCGCCAAGCCGCAAUGCAUACGUGCCUCCUCCUCGUGAGGCUCCCCAAACGAAAGUGUAUCGCCGAGACGAAGAUCCUGAAAUCGCUGAACGCCAAGCCCAGGAUCAGCAGAAUGCGGAGAAGGCUGGCCUCGUUGCACAUGACACCGGUGCAUCCAAUGAAGCAGAUGAAGAAGACCAGCCAAAGCCCAUGACUUUGAAAGAGCGCAUUGCCUUCCUGCAAAAACAGCAGCAGGAGCAGGCCCAACGUGCUGCGGCGAUUCAGAAAGAGAAGCCAAAGAAACCCCCAAUGAAGAAGCGAGCCGAGUCGCAUGAAAACAGAGCGCACCAUGAGGAGGAGGGCGCAGCAUUGGAGAAGGUGACGAGCAUUGAGUCAAAAGAACGCGCAUCCGUGGAGGGUGGCCGUCCGCGAAGAACUUCUCAUAGCAUGAGGUCGCCUGAAGUAUUGCCGCCCAAUCGGGAGCUUCUGAGUGAUGCCAAUGACGCGGACCAAUCAGGUGCCGGGGACACGGAAGAUGCCGAAGGCGAGUCGACAAGUGUUGAGGAAAAUGACGAAGCGACCAAGCACCGAGCACUGCCAGAGCGUGCAGCUACAGCGCCAUCGAAAGAGGCAGAUGUUGGCGAUGAAGAAGGUGCCGAAGAGGAGGAAGAGGAAGAAGAAGAAGAAGAAGAAGACGAGAUGGAUGCCGAGGCACGACGGCGAUUAGAGCUGAGGGAGCGCAUGGCAAAGAUGAGCGGUGGCAUGGGCAUGGCGGGCAUGUUCGGAGCUCCUGGGGGCAUGCCAAUGGGUGGUUUACCUCCAAAGAAGAAGAGGCCCGAAAGGAAGGCCACCGGCGACAGCGAAGAAUAUGCAAUGCCGCAGCAGCGUGUACCCAUGAUACCGGUCCCCGGUAUGCCAGCUGUCAAGAGUCCAGAAUCGGAACAUGCCCCUCUGGCAGUUGGGAGGGAAGACGAUGCACCUCAUCCAAUCCAGAGUACACAUGACGCAGACGAUCUUUCCGAUGUUGAGGACGUUACACCCCAACAGACGAUUCAGCGGACACCAACUGGAGACCGACCUCCGCCUGUUCCUACAGAGAGACGGCCUGUGCCUCCACCGCUGCCGACCUCUGAUCGGCCAGUACCUCCUCCUAUCCCGUCAGCUUCUCGGCCGGCUCCUCUCUCGCAACUUCGUUCCCCAAGUCCAGGUUCAGAAUCUGGCGACGAAAUGACAGAGCCACCGGCGCCGCAUUCUGCAACUUCUCCCAAGACACCAUCCGCUCAUCCACCUUCCAAGCGUAGCUCCUAUCUCGCAUCGGACGAAAUGUCACAGGAUUCUGACAAGAGAAUGCCCCCGAUCCCGUUAGCCAGUCCAACGCUAUCCCCAACAUCCCAGACGCGGCCGCCUCCUCCUCCUCCGCCAAUUCAAGCUCCUCCAUCACGGCAGGCCACCUUUGACAGCAUAUCUAGGAAAGUUGAUCGCAGUGAGGGUGAGACGGAAUAUGAGGGUGAUUAUGACACCGAUAUUGCACCUGGCGCAACCCACAAAGAUGCUCUGAAGGCUCACGCGAGGGAGUCUAGUCUAGAUGAAAGCACGACCGCUGAUGAGACUCCAGUGCGCUCUCCAACGGUACCCUCUGGAAUGCCCCCUUUGCCCCCAUCGAUACAUCGUGCCGUACCGCCCCCUCCACCACAGCAACCACCGAGCAGGGUGUCAGUGGAUGCUCCGCGAGGUGUCCCACCUCCCCCGCCCAUUCCUCCACCUUCUAGAGGGAUGGACGAGGAUGAUGAUGAUUACGAUCCAUAUAAGUAUGUCGCUUCACCUGGAAGAGGAGCACCACCUGCACCAAAGCCCAUGCCUCCCACCCCACAGGCUCAGCCUCCACUGCCUCAAAGUCGACCUCCACCUCCUGCUCUGCCUCCAAUGCCUCCAUCGAUGCCUCCAAUGCCCCAACAACAAGCUGCUGAUUCAUCUGACGACGAUGACCUUUACUCAGCACCAGCACCUCGGAAGUCUCACGACCGACCACCCCCACCCCCUCCUCAAGCUCCCCCUCACCAGCACCGGCCCCCUCCACCACAAGAGCGUUCUGCCCCUCCGCCCCCUCCACCAGAGCCAUCCCAGCAAACUCGAGCGACUGUAGGACGGAAGUCUCUCGACGUCAACCGCGUCACCCAGCAAGCACGUGUCUCUGUGGACCAGCCUCGACCAUCUCAAAGCCAAGAAUUCAUCGCCACCGACAUCGACCUUGGCCAAUCUUCUCACUGGUGGACUCAACCCAACAUGGCUCCGCCAUCUCUACAAGGCCGCAAAGAUAUCCUGAUCGAAAUGGAUGAAUCCCGUUCUGGCAACACCAUCGAAAAGGCUGUCUUCGUCCUCUAUAUGGACUACUCUCAAACCGUCAUCACCGCGCGCUUCGAAGCCAACAACGUCUCCUCCGUCCACCUCGAACAACGCCAAGACCCACCACCCGGCCGUCUCCGACAAGACCAACUCGAAAACGCGCACGAAAACUACGGCCUCCGCAUCGCGAAGGAUAUCGAAUCAAAACAAGGCACCGUCGUCGGCGAUGGCACCCCAUAUGCGCUCAUCCACGAACUCUUGUGUCCCUACCCCGAUGCCCUCCGUCCCAUCUCCACGCGCGCCUUCGGCGCACUUGUCUACGCGAACCUUGCGAAUGCGUCGACUCAGCAGUAUGAUGAGAUUCGACCGGGAGAUAUUAUUUCUUUCAGGAAUGCGAGGUUUCAGGGAAAGCAUGGCGCGAUGCAUGCGAAGUAUAGUACGGAUGUGGGAAAGCCGGAUCAUGUGGGUGUGGUGGUGGAGUGGGAUGGGACAAAAAAGAAGGUUAGGGUUUGGGAUCAGGGGAGGGAGAGUAGGAAGGUCAAGGUGGAGAGUUGGAGGAUGGGGGAUUUGAGGAGUGGUGAAGUGAGAGUUUGGAGGGUUAUGGGGAGAGGGUGGGUAGGCUGGAGUUAGGCUUUUGAUCGUGGUGCUGGUAAAUGGCUGUGGAUAGUGAUGAUGCGAAAGGGGUGGCUGGCUGUAUGCAUGUCUUGUUCGGUUAAGGAUGUAUGGUUGGUGAAUUGUUAUUGAUCCUGGAGCUUGGGGCUUGGAGCGGAGUGAGAAUUGAAGGUUGUUGGGUGUAGCCAUGUAUCUGCUCUGCAGUGCAGUGCGCUGUAGUGCAAUGUAGUGUAGUGCGAGACGAGACGAGACGAGACUUGAACGGGACGCGUUUGAACAUGUUUCUGUAGGCGUCUUCUGGCGUUGCUAAUGUAGCAUUUCUGCUCUGCAUCACACUCGCUUCCUUCCUUUACCGGUACUACCGUAUUACAUCUCUCCUCUCCUAUGCCGAUGCGCUCAGCAUCAUUG